AUGCUUUUGGACAUUGUGCACCUCACGCACUCCGCGAUCCAUUGGCAGCUGCGCUGCAUCGAAGACUCGUCCAGCGACGAGAACACACCGCCGAACCCGACGGCCCUGCGGAGCAGACGGCGACGCGAGCGCAACGGGGACGGCUACGCCUCCGUGGCUGUCUCCCAAGCGGACCAAGCGUCGGUCCAAGAGCGCGACGAACCUGCCGUCACCAGCGACGCCGCCACCAACGGAGACGCUGCUGCUGGAGACGCCAUCAAGAGCCCCGUCGCGCCCGAGGACGACAAAGACGUCUCACCCACGCCGCCAAGGCCGCCAAGCACGCCGAGACACCGCUGCCCCUGUUGCGCACUUGCGCGACAACUUCAACCCGCUGGCUACGAUCUUUCCAGCAGUGCAUCACUUCGGGUCCUGCAACUGCUGGAACUCGUGCCGCGCGAACUCCUGUCGCAACGAGCUGAUGCCCGUGUUCUGAAGUGCGGCAACGGCCUUGAAGAUUCGGCCAAGAUAGAGCACGUAAGCUCUUCUCGGGCCAAUCGACCGCGCAACCAGGGCUACAGGCUCGUGUUGAAGCAGCGGCCGGAGAAGCCAGCAACCGGCGUCUGCGUUGCAAUCAACGCGGGGCGCAUGGAGAGCCUCAUGCGGUUCGUGAAUCAUUCAUGCAGGCCGGCCGCGGCGUUCGUCGAGCUGUCUAACGGCCGUCGUACGACCGUGGUGGUGGUGACUACGCAAGAUAUCUGUCGCGGCGAGGAGGUGACCGUGGACUACGGCGACGACCUCUCGAUUAUGGGCAAGAACUCCGGCAGCACCAACUACUCCAUGUUCGACAUCGACCGACUCCUACACCUCGUCGAGCAAGCGCUCCCGCUUGGCCGAGACGAGUGGGAGCGGCUUGCCGUGACCUACAACUCUGCUCGCGCCCGUGGAGCACCGGAGCGCGACUUCGAGAGCUUGCGGCGCAAGCUCAAGACGCUGUAUAGUGCUCGCAAGCCGCCGGAGGCCAAGCAGGCCAUUGACGACAAGACCAAUGUCAUCGAGAUCGACGACGAGGCCGACCACGACCAAGGCUUCGUGGAGCCCGACUUCUCGUUCGAGGCUGACCCCGACGACGACAACGUGCAGCAUGAUUCCCAGGGCAGCACCGGUCACGACGAGCCCAUCGAGACGGAUGAGUCCGUCACGGGCGACUCCACGAGCUUCAGCCCCCACCCACGUCCGGCGCCGCUUCGAGCACCUCAAAACGCGCGGCAGCCUGGCGCUGGAGGUCCGCCAAAGCAACGCAAGAGCUCUUCCACCGUCACUGCGAGCGACGGCAGUCUCUCGACGGGGGCGCCAGUCGACCAAGGACGCUCAUCGGGGAACCCCAAGAAGGACCAGAAGUACAAGUCCUCCUCGAACCGCCUCGGAGGCACCGACCUCACCAGUUUUCGUGAUGCAGUGGGCGCCAAGCGCGUCUUCGAGGAGGACAAGGAAACAUUGGAGGCCAGAUUUGCGAAGGCCAAGUGCAUCAGAGCCAUGAAGGCCACCACCGCGCUGAAGAACAGGUUGAGCGGCCUCGGAAGCACCGCCAACACCAUGGGCGGCAGCAUCAUGGAGACUGUCUUACUUCUCCGCGAGGAAAACGAGCGGAAGGCCGAGGCGCGUCGUGCCGACGAGGAGAAGCGGCGUCGCGAGGAGAAGGCCGAAGCCAAGGCCGAAGCGGAGGAGCGUCGUCGCCGAGAGAAGCUGGAGAUGGAGGAGCGCGCUCGCCGCGAUCGCGAGGAGGCGCGUGCGCGCAUCCAGGAGUUGCUGAUCUUGAUCGGGCGCCUUGAAGAAGAAGGAUUGAGGCAAGGAUGA